AAGGUCAGUUUAGUAGUAUUUAAGCACCCAGCAAGUAUUUGGUAGAACCAAGUGGUAACUGAGAAAUGAUUGGUGAUUAUGUUGUAUUAUAAAAAAUGUGAAGCGGCAACUUUGCUCUAACACUUGUGUUAGGUACUUCACUAGUCUAUGAAUAUAUUAUGAGACGCCUCUAUCUGGCAAUUUCUAUAUUUUUUAUGGAUCCCUUUUAUCUCAUCCUUAAAAAGUACUUACUCCAUAACUUCAAAUUAUUAUAAUUUGUUUUUCCUAAUUUAAAGAUGUCUGUUCCAUUAUUCAAUGUUUCAUUUGAAAUUUCCAUUACAAAAUUGUCAACAGUUAGUUCGUUUAUUUUGCUUAAAAAGUCUUCUAAGAAAUCCAGAGACUCGAUUGAAUUAGAUGCCAUCGUAUAAUUGUUUAAUAUUUUUUCUUCACUGUGAUUUACUUUAUUUUCUUUUGUAUUAUUAUUGAAUGUAGUUUUAACAGUGUUCUGCACAUUAUUUUCUUGAUUGCUUUCUUUUAUAAUUUGAUCUAAAAUGUCUAUCAGUUGUAAAUUGUCAUUAUUUUUAUGACUAUUGUUUUUAAAUUUAGUGAUAUUUGUUAUUUCUUUAUAAAAAUUGAAGUUUUUCACAGCUAUAUUAUUUAAAUCACUGUGCAUUGUGAGCAAAAGGUGUAUUUUAUUUGAUUUUAAAAAGUCCGAUUUUAGUCUUAGCACCGAAAACAUUCUAUUUAUUAUGCUAUGGAUGUUUUCAUUCACUGUGUAAAACAAAUUAUCUUUCAGUUCUAAAAUAUUCACAAGAUUAUUUGCUUUCAGGCUCACUAACCCAAGACUUACGAAAAAACUAAAAAGAGAAAGUAACAACAUUUUAACAGAAAUAAAAUCUACAUGACUAUUAGACUUUGAUUUUACCACUAGUACACAUACGGCAAUAGCAAUUUGAAUCUACAAUAAAAUGAAAACAAUAAAACUGAUAUUAUUUAUGGAAACACACAUUAAAGCGAAACGGGUCCAAAAUAUAAGACAUGUUACUUAUCGUUAAGAUCUUGUUUAAUUUAUUACUUUUAUAUAAUCUGGUAAAAAUAAACUGUUUAGUACAAUUAAAAUCAAACCAAGUUGUUACAAGAACUACUGAAUCGUAUGUGGUGGAUAUGAUUAGAACUAUAUUUGCACAAUUAAAAGUAAAAUAUAAAGAGAAAUUAAAUAAUUAUACUAAAUUAUAUGACACUAUUGCAAUUGUAAGUGAAGAUGAAAAAUCUGUUUUCAAUGAACUUGUUAAAGAAACUAGAGCCAAAAAUAUGAAUGGAAGCUUAAUGGAUAUAAUAAAUGAAGUUUUGGAUGGGAAAGUUAAAGAUUCGGAUAAGGAAACAUCAAGCGAAGAAAUAACGGUCGAAGAAGUCGUCCGAUUUAUUACUGAGUUUGAGAAUUUAAAGAAAGAUAUUUAUACUGAGAGAUAUGAUUUUGAUUUGGAUGCGGCGAUUUUGAGGCACUUAAAUGAAAGCAAAGAUCAGCAAGAUUCAACGUUAACUAAUAGAUCAUUGGAAAACGACGAAGAAUUAAGCGAUAAUGAAUUUUGGGAGCCCACCGAGCAGAGCGGUCGGCGCAUCUACCGCGGUGACAGAACCAAGAUUAAAUAUUUUCCAUUCAUGGCCAGUGUCCAGUUCUUCCAGAAGUUCCAGUGUGGAGGAUCUAUCAUUAAGUCUGACUUAAUCAUCAGUGCUGCGUCCUGUUUGCAAUUAGCGUGGAACAACCGUUUUUUCCGCGAGAACCCAUCCUUCCUCUCAGUCCGCGUGGGCAGUAACUACUACGCCACUGGAGGAGAGAACAUUCCAGUCCAGGAGGUCUACUUCCACCCUGAGUACAACCCGAAGAACUUGAGGAACAACUUGUGUCUUAUGCGCCUGGUUAGAAGGAUCAAGUUCAGAAGACGAGGACGGCGGGUGAAGAAGAUUAAUAUAGAUAGGAAACCAAGUCCACUACCUGAAACUACGGAUGGAAUUACUAUUGUCGGUUGGGGCGCUAAAGGGUCCAGCAAUAUAAUCGGAGAUCUUUGGGCGAAUCGGCUAUCUUUCUCGGUAUUAGACUUUUACCCUCUCCGGGAGUGCCGAGAUAUUUACUCCAGUGAAUACGUCACCAGAAAGAAUUUUUGCGCAGGCUUCUUUUCCAAAGGCGGUGGUGCUUGUAAUCGCGACGUAGGUGGUCCAGGAAUUGUCAACGGAAGACUGACAGGAGUGAUCAGCUUCGGAUCUCCAGUGUGCGGCGCUCCUGAUGCGCCGACGGUAUUCACUAAAGUCGGGUACUAUGCUGAUUGGAUCGACGAGAUUAUGGAUCAGGACGUUCCACAUACCAAAAAGAGAACAACACUACCACCACCACGCCAUCCAUUCAUGCCUCCUUUCGUUCACACGUCUCCCAAACCAACAACUUUUAAGAUUGCACCCUUAGGAGGUGGUGUCAUGAGACCGGUUCCAAUAGGUGAAUCGGAUGCACUUAGAGUACUCAGUGACGAUUCGCUUUUCAACGAAUUUUUGAAUACAAUGUUAAACAAAAAGAACAUAGAACGAGAUCAAAAGGUCAUUAACGGAGAGAAACGAAGUUCACGUGCUACUGUAGCUACUGCUUUUGCAGCUACCACAGCAUAUGUUCCAGAAAUCAGUCAUAUAAGAACACAAAUGGAUUUGGAGGAAUUUACUACGGAAAAAAUAAAAAAAUACACUGCGCUGAAUGAGGACUUUGAUGCGAGUCAUGAAAAAGAAUUAGAAAAGGAUUUAAUAAAAUUAAUAGAUGAUAUAGAUUUAAAACAGAUUAUGAAUUCAGAUGAAGAUUCGAAGAAGGAGCAUUAUCUUAGUAAAAAUAAAUUAACUGCAGUAAAAACACAUAAAAAGAAAUCUAAUGUUAAGGAUUAUAAAAAUAAGUUACAAAACGUAGACGAUUCAGUUUUAACGCUACUUUAUUUAUCUGAUAACGAAAAGAAAAAUAGCGGUUUUGAAGAUUUAGAACACGGUGGUUUAAGCAUAGCUACGGAUUCAUUCAAAGACAUGACAUUUCGAAAUAAUGAAACUGACUUGUUUGAUUUUAUUCCCAAAAAUGAAUUGUAUGAUUUAUUAACCGAAGCUAUUAAUGAACGAGAAAAUAAAAAUAUUAAUAAUUAAG